GCGAGCUAGAGGCCAGCGCUGGAAACAGUCGUGAGCCAAACGCGUCCCUUGGUGGCGGAUCCGAUCUGAUCCGAUCGGUCAGUGGCUAACAGAAGGCAGAAGAGGAAAACCAAGUGCGGAGAAGAACAACAGGAAGUGAGUGUAUAGAGACGCGACGUGUCGUCACGCGCGCGCGUGAGUAACACAGCAGCAGCAGCAGUGUUGAUUCGUGGCGGGCAGCAACAGUAGCGAUCAGCAACAGUAGCGAUCAGCGCACGAUCGGGUGCGCGUUUACCGGUGGUAGUGGCUGCUAGGGAAGUCGGUGGUGGUGGUGGUCGGUAGUGUAUGGCACAGGGUGCACACGAGUCACACGGUGUUCGCUCACCGGUGACGGGUUCGGUGAAGUGCUGAUCCGGCAUCGACCACAGCGGACGCGGACGCCUACUAUCAAAGCGGACAGCGUGCGUGCGCCCCCUCCAUCAACUCCUGGCCCCUCCAGGUCCUCUGGGGCGAGAGAAACGGGCGCACCCUUCAUUCAACCCCCCCGCCGCCCCCCCGCUCUCUGGCCGGCGUGUGCGCGUUCAGUUUGUGCUCGUGCUGUGUGUCUCUGUGUGUGUGUUGGUGUAUUACCAGGGCCCCUGGGGUGGGCCCAGCCUCUGGGAGGACCUCUGGGACGACGUGAUCGUCGGGUGACACCACCUCCCCAUCGUGUACCACCAGGCGUAUCGUAGUAUGAAUGCUGCGAUCGUGUAACACUGUAUGUGUAUGUGUCAGUGCGUGUGAGUGCGUGUAAUAGGACAGACCCAGGAAAGGAAUCAUCACAAUCCACCCCCAACCCCCCUCACUCUAAAAAUCCCCGCACAGAAAGGAGUGUACCGGCGUGCGUGAGUGUGGCACGACGGGGGUGAGCACAAUGUUGGCGGCGGUGGAGGGUGGCCGUCGUGUCAAGAGCAGACGGUGCCCGGUGACGACGGCCGGAACCAAUAGCUACAACAACAACAACAACAACAACAACAACCACCACACCAAUAGUAGCAACAGAAAAAACAACAACAACAUUAGCAGACGAUCAACGGACUGGCACGACGAUGAUGGCGGCGGCGGUGAGCCUCCCGUGUGGCAGUGGACGGGGGUCGCUGGCACCGGUAGCACCAACGGGCGGCAGCGGGUGGGGUGGUGGUGGUGGCCGAUUGCGCUUCUGCUCGCGGUCGCCUACACCACUAGCACAAUACAGGCCGAGUCGCUAUUAGGAGGAGGUGGUGGCGGUAUGAAUAACAAUGAAACUGACGUGCCAUGCCCGUUCGGGACGUUCAAAUGCUCGGAGGGAAAGUGUAUACCCCAGACAUCGGUCUGCAACUACCAGAAGGACUGCGAUAAGGGCGAGGACGAGUUCAACCACUGUCCACCGCCUGAGUGUGAACCGGGCCAAAUAAGCUGCGGUCAGUACGUGUUCAACAAGACGUACUGCAUUCCGCCGCACUACAAGUGUGACAUGACGAUCGACUGUGUCGACGGUACCGACGAGUCCGACUGCACGUAUCGUAAGUGCCAGCCAGACGAUAUACGGUGCGGUACGCCGGCCCAGGGUAUCGCCCUGAGCGGACGCGGUACGGCCGACAUCUGCGUGCCGAAGGAGAAGCGCUGCGACGGCUACCUGGACUGCCGGACCGGGAAGGAUGAGGAAGGCUGUCCGGGGUCGGCCUGCCGGCUCGACCAGUUCCGUUGCGCCAACGGGGCCCGCUGCAUCGACACGGCGCUCAAGUGCAACCACAAGAACGAUUGCGGUGACAACUCGGACGAGGUCGGCUGCAACUUCCCACCCUGCCACGGUGGCCAGUUCCGGUGCGCGAAUGCGCUGUGCAUCCCGGCGACGUUCCACUGCGACGGCUACCAUGACUGUUCGGACGAGAGCGACGAGACGAACUGUACGGCGAUCGCGUGCCCGGACAACAAGUUCCUGUGCCCGCGCGGCGGUCCCAACGGGCAGGCCAAGUGCAUCAUGAAGGCGAAACUGUGCGAUGGCAAGCGCGACUGCGAGGACGGUACCGACGAGGAGACGGCUUGCUCGACCGCAUCGUGUCCGGCGCUUGGCUGCGAGCACAAGUGUGGCCCUUCGCUGACCGGUGGCAUCUGUUACUGUCCACCGGGGCGCACCCUGUCACCGGACAACCGGACGUGCGCCGAUCUGGACGAGUGUAGCGUGUGGGGCCACUGCGACCAGCUGUGCACCAACACGGACGGUUCGUUCUCGUGUGCGUGCGCCACCGGUUACCAGCUGAUCGAGACGCAACGCUGUGUCGCCCCGACCGCGUCCAGCCUCGAGCUGGUGUUCGCCUACGAUCGGGCGAUCGUCCGGAUGAGUGCGCACGGGCAGGAUUCGCGCAUCAUCGCCAACGCAACCGGUGCGAGCGGGCUCGCCCUGCACUACGCCAAGAAUCUGCUGUACUGGUCGGACGUGAAGACGCGCAAGGUGCAGUCGCUGGUGCUGACGGACGGUGGGUUCGGUGGGCACGAUUUUACGCUGCCCGGCACGUGGGCCCCGGUAGCGAUCGCGAUCGACUGGGUCGGCGACAAGCUGUACGUGGCCGAUCUCGUCGGCCAGAAGGUGGACGUGUUUGAGCUGGACGGCCGGUGGCAUGCGGUCGUGCUCGGCUCGAACCUGACCAGCCCGGCCGAUCUGGCGCUCGAUCCGACCGCCGGGCUCAUGUUCGUCGCGGACGGCAGUCACGUGCUGCGCGCCCACAUGGACGGUACGCACGCAAAGUCGAUCGUGUCCGAGGCCGCCUACAAGGCGUCCGGCGUCGCCGUGGACGUCAUUGCGAAGCGUGUCUUCUGGUGUGACUCGCUGCUCGACUACAUCGAGUCGGUGAGCUACGAGGGCGAGCAGCGGGUGAUGAUACUGCGCGGCCAGCAGGUACCGAGCCCGUCCCGGUUGGCGCUGUUCGAGAACCGGGUGUUCUGGUCGGACGCGACGAAGCAGGGCAUCAUGUCGGUGGACAAGUUCGACGGUUCCACCAGCAUCCAGUCGAUCUUCAAGGCGAAAGACAUCCGGGAACCGCGCGCGAUCGUCGCCGUCCACCCGCUGACGCAACCGGCGGUCUCGAACCCGUGCGGCAGCAACAAUGGCGGCUGCUCGCAGAUGUGCGUCGUGACGGCGGUACAGGGUGCCCCGUCCGGUCUCGGGUACCGGUGUGCCUGCCAUACCGGCUGGCAGCUGUCGAAGGAUCUGAUGAACUGCAAUCUGGUGCGCCAGUUCCUGAUGUACUCGCAGCAGCGCUUCAUCAAGGGCAAGGUGCUGGAUCCGGUGAUCGAGGGUUUCAGCGAUGCGAUCCUGCCGGUCGUGUCACGCCGGGCCCGCUUCGUGGGCCUUGACUUUGAUGCCGUGGACGAGCACAUCUACUACUCGGACGUGCUACAGGAUGUGAUCUAUCGGGUGCACCGGAACGGAACGGGGCGUGAGAUUGUGCUCGCGUCACAGAACGAGGGCGUCGAGGGGCUGGCCGUCGACUGGGUGUCGAAGAACCUGUACUACAUCGACUCACGGAAGGGCACCCUGAACGUGCUGUCGACGCGGAACACCAGCUACCGGCGGACGCUGCUGAAGAACCUGAAGCGGCCGCGCGCCAUCGUCGUCCAUCCGAACCGGGGCUACCUGUACUUCUCCGAGUGGGACCGGCCGGCCAACAUAAGCCGCGCGAACGCGGACGGUACCGGGCUGAUGGUGUUCCGGAAUGUGACCCUCGGGUGGCCGAACGGGCUGUCGAUCGAUUUCCGGGAGGACCGGGUGUACUGGUGCGAUGCGCUGCUCGAUCACGUCCAGCACGCGAACCUCGAUGGGACGGACGUGCGGACGGUAAACUCGCGGCUCAUCCGCCACCCGUUCUCGAUCGUCAUCCACGACGAGUGGAUGUACAUCACCGACUGGCGGCUCGAUGCGAUCGUCCGGCUGAACAAGCUGACCGGUGAGCAGGAGGAGAUCAUGGUCCGGGAACCGCAAACCAAUCGACUGUACGGCGUGAAGGUGUACAGCCAUGGGGUGCAGCGGAUCGACAGUGGCCAGCCGUGCGGCAUCAACAACGGUGGGUGCGAGAAGCUCUGCUUCGCUCUGCCACGGAACGACACGGGAUCGGCGGUGGUGGUCGCCGGCGGUCUGACGGUCCGGUGCGGUUGCCCGUACGGUGAGCGGCUCGGUGAGGAUGGGCGCAGCUGUUUGGCCGAUCCGAACGCGGAACCACCGGUGCAGGCGUGCCCGAACACCUGGGACUUUACCUGCAACAACCAGCGCUGCAUACCGAAGUCGUGGAUCUGCGACGGUGACGAUGACUGUCUCGACAACAGUGACGAGGAGCAGAACUGUACCAAGCCAACGUGCGGUACGAACGAGUUCCAGUGCAAGUCGGGCCGGUGCAUCCCGCUCAACUUCCGGUGCGACCAGGAGAACGACUGUGGCGACCAUUCGGACGAGUUCGAGUGUGCGAACGUGACGUGCGCGGCAUCGCAGUUUGCGUGCGAAAACGGACGCUGCAUACCGAACAUCUGGAAGUGUGACAGCGAGAACGACUGUGGCGACGGUUCGGACGAGGGACCGUUCUGUGCGGAGAAAACGUGCGCCUACUUCCAGUUCACGUGCCCCCGGACCGGCCACUGUAUCCCGCAGAGCUGGGUGUGCGACGGUGAUGACGAUUGUUUCGACAAGCAGGACGAAAAGGAUUGCCCCCCGAUCACGUGCCUGGCGAACCAGUUCAAGUGUGCCGACCUGCGGCAGUGCGUCGAGGAACCGUACAAGUGUGACAGCAUCCCGGACUGCAACGAUGGGAGCGAUGAGCUGGGCUGUCCCACGGUCGAACCGAAUCAGUGCAACCAGGAGAAGCACUUCCGGUGCCGGGCUUCGGGUGUCUGCAUACCGAUCGCGUGGCACUGCGACGGUUCGAACGAUUGCGACGACCAUUCGGAUGAGGAGGAGUGUGGCCGGAUAACGUGCCCGAACGGGUUCUACAAGUGCCGGAAUUCGCGCUGCAUCUACAAAUCGUACAUCUGCGAUGGUCGGGAUGACUGUGGCGAUGGGUCGGACGAAAGUGUCGAGCAUGCGUGCGUAUCCCCACCGAUCCGCUGCCCACACGGUCAGUGGUCGUGCCCGGGGGUGACCGGGCGCUGCGUCAACCUAACCUCCGUCUGCGAUGACACACCUGACUGUCCGAACGGGGCGGACGAGGGGAUUGGGUGUGAUCUGGCCCAGUGCCAACAUCAGGCCGGUCUCUGUACCAACGGUUGCCAGAAGACACCACUCGGGGCGCUCUGCAUUUGUCCGCCGGGCGAGGAGCUCGGUCCGGAUGGGCGCACCUGCCAGGAUCUGGACGAGUGUGCACCGCCCGGGCUCUGCUCGCAGCGCUGCACCAACACCAAGGGUUCGUACUUUUGCUCGUGCGUCGACGGGUACGUGCUCGAGCCGAACAAGCACACGUGCAAGGCGGUCAACCAUUCGGCCGCGUUCCUCAUCAUCUCGAACCGCCACUCGAUCCUGGUGGCCGAUCUGCGCGAACAGGGCCUCGAGCGUGUACCGAUCAUCGUGGAGAACGUGGUUGCGACCGCGUCCAACAUGCACACCGGUACCAUCUUCUGGAGUGACAUGAAGCUGAAGAAAAUCUCCCGGCUAGACCGGGGCCAGGAGCCCCAGGAGCUCAUCACCACCGGGCUGGACCUGGUCGAGGGUCUUGCGUACGACUGGAUCGGCCAGAAUCUUUACUGGCUCGACUCGAAGCUCAACACGAUCGAGGUGGCGAACGAGAACGGCUCGAACCGGCUGGUGCUGGUGCGGGAAAACAUAACGCAACCGCGUGGCAUGUGCCUCGAUCCGGCCCCGUCCGCUCGCUGGCUCUUCUGGACGGACUGGGGUGAGAAUCCACGCAUCGAGCGUAUCGGCCUGGACGGUACGAUGCGGGCGACCAUCAUCAGCACGAAGAUCUACUGGCCGAACGGUUUGACGCUCGAUGUGGCGACGCAGCGCGUUUACUUUGCCGACUCGAAGCUGGACUUUAUUGACUUUUGCUACUACAAUGGGACGGGCCGGCAGCAGGUGCUGGCCGCUAGCCACUACCUACUGCACGCCCACUCACUGUCACUGUUUGAGGAUACCCUGUACUGGACGGACCGGCAGCUGAACCGUGUCCUGUCGGCGCACAAGUACCGCGGCACGAACCAAACCGUCGUCAGCCAUCUCAUCUCACAGCCGCUCUCGAUUCACGUGCACCACCCUUCGCUACAGCCACGGUACGCGAGUCCGUGCGAUCCGAACGGGAACGGUACUGGGCGCCACUGUCAGCAUCUGUGCCUGCUCAGCCCGUCGGCACCGGCCGGCUAUGCGUGCAAGUGUCGCCCCGGGUACCGUCUGGUGGAUGGGGAGCGUUGCGCCGAGGAGGAGAACGCGUUCAUCGUGCUGAUGAAGGGUAACCAGAUCGUGGACGUUCCGUUCAAUGGGGGUGAUGUACGGUCGAGCGCCCUGCUGCCGGUCGUCGGCAUCGACGGUGGCCUGGGGCUGGAUUAUGAUCGCCAGGGUGAGCAGCUGUACUGGAUCCAGGGCCGUGCCGGAGGGGACGAGUCGGACGAUGAGAACUGUACGAUCUACACGACACCGUACGGUGGUGGUGGUAACCGGACGGAGUUUCUCGGUGGUGCGGAAGGGCUGGUCGGGGCCGCCUACACCCUCGCCUUCGACUGGAUCGGUCGGAAUCUGUACGUCGGGAAUCGGAUCGCCUCGAACAUCGAAACGAUCAGCGUGGACGGGAAGCAGCGGUACCGGGCGAUCAUUCUGUCGAACGACGGUAACCGGACGUCGGUGGCGAAACCCCGCCAGCUCGCCCUCGACCCGGCCGCCGGUCGGCUGUUCUGGCUCGACGACGGGGGGUUCGGUGUGCUGACGAAACUGGCGGUGGCCGGGAUGGACGGGUCCGCGCCCACCAUCCUCGACGACACGAUCCAGUACGUGGAAUCGGUGACGGUGGAUGCGGAACGGCGCACCGUGUACUACAGCACCCAGUAUCCACCGGCGGUGCAUGCGAUCGGGUACGAUGGUACCGGCCGGCGGACGGUGCUGAGCGAAGAGAACGCGAUCGCCCGGCCCCGGGGCCUUGCCGUGCACGAGUCCCGCCUGUACUUUAUCGAUCCAACGUACGAGAAGCUGGUCCGGGUCGAUCUACCGAACGGUGACAACGCCCGGACCAUCCUGGACAACGAGCCGGACCUGCGCGGGAUGGUGAUCUUCCGGAAGCGCUCGGUAACACCGCAGCACCCGUGCACGAUGAACAACGGGGGCUGUGAGCACCUGUGCGUGCCGGCCCAGAACGGGGCCCGCGUUUGUCUGUGCGGCAUGGGGUACAAGAAGGAGAACGAGGUCGCCUGUACACCGUACAAAACGUUCGCCGUCGUGUCGCAGCUCGACGUGACCCGGGGCUACAGUUUGCGCGAUAGUGCGGAAGCGAUGGUUCCGAUUGCGGGGCCCGGCCAUCACAUCCUGCACGUCGACGUGCUGUACCGGGAAUCGUGGAUUUACUGGGUCGAGUAUAACCGGGGCCACUGGAACGGGGUGUUCCGGGUACGGCCGAACGGUACCGAGCUGCAGCACAUCGUACGCGACGGCAUCGGUAGCAACGGGAUCCGGGGGUUGGCGAUCGAUUGGGUGGCCGGCAAUCUGUACUUCACGAACGUGUUCCCGCACGAGAACUACGUCGAGGUGGCGUGGCUGGAUGGGACCCACCGGAAGGUGCUGGUACGCACGACCAACGAUGCACCACGGGAGCUGGCGGUCAAUCCGAUCAAGCGGCUCCUGUACUGGAUCGACUAUGGGCAGUUCCCGCGGAUCGGCAAGUGUCACCUGGACGGAAGCAACUGGACACCGGUCGUGACGUCCGGUAUCUCGAAUCCACGGGAUCUCACGGUCGACAUGCUGACGCACGAUGUGUACUGGGUUGACUCGAAGCUCGACAUGAUCCAGAAGGUGUCGUACAGUGGUGGCAACCGGCAGGUGAUACGCCGCAACCUAGCGAACCCGAUGGCGAUCGCCGUCUUCCUGUCCGAUGUGUACUGGGUCGACCGGAAUCUGGCCUCCGUGUUCCGUGCGUCCAAGUUUCCGGGCAAUGCGACCCUACCGGAGCGGCUCCGUACGAAUUUGCCCAAGCUGCGGGACAUAACGAUCUACGACAUUAACCAGCAACCGAUGGAUGAUGCGAACCCGUGCCUACGGCUCGGCAAUGGUGGGUGUGAUCAGCUCUGCUUCGCCCUGCCACCGGACGCGGGCCAGAAACCGAGCUUCCGGUGUGAUUGUGCCGUGGGCCGGCUGUCCACCGAUGGGCGCCACUGUGAGACGACGGACGAGUACGUGAUCUUUGCGACACGCACCGAAAUCCGGUCGAUCGAGCUGGAUCCAAUGUCAACGAAUGUACCGUUCGCCCCGGUUGUCAACCUGACAAACGUGGUGGGGCUCGAUUUCGAUUACGCCGACAACAAGCUGUUCUUUACGCAAAUUCGCCCGUGGUCAAAGAUUGCCUACCUUCGGGGGGAUAAACCGGACGGGGCCAGUGUGACGCCGGUGAUAACGCGCGGCAUCAAUCCGGAGGGCGUGGCGUACGAUUGGACGCAGCGGAAAAUCUACUGGACCGACAGCUCCAACAACUCGAUCUACGCGAUGAACACGGACGGUACGGAGCUGGUGAUGAUAGCGCGGGUUGAGCGACCCCGGGCGAUUGUGCUGGAUCCGUGCAACGGCACACUGUACUACACCGACUGGGGCCGGUUCGGUACGUCGGGCAAGAUUUUCCGCACCACCAUGGCCGGCUCGUUGAAGCGUGCGAUCGUCGACCGGGAUCUGUCGCAACCGAGCGGGCUGGCGAUCGACUACGACGACCGGAUGCUGUACUGGACCGAUGCGGUACGGGAAAAGAUUGAACGGUCGCAGCUGGACGGGCGUGGCCGGGAGGUGCUCAUUUCCGCCACCAUCUACCCGUUCGCCAUCACCGUGUUCCGGAACUACAUCUACUGGACGGAUCUGCAGCUGCGCGGUGUGUACCGGGCCGAGAAGCACACCGGGGCGAACGUGAUCGAGAUGGUGAAACGGCUCGAGGAUUCACCGCGCGACAUUCACAUCUACAGUGCGAGCCGGCAAAAGUGCCAGGCGAACCCGUGCCAGCAGAACAAUGGCGGGUGUGCGCAAAGUUGCCACCCGGGGCCGAACGGGCAGCCCGAGUGUCGGUGCGACGAUGCGACGAAACCGGUGAACGAGGGACGGAUGUGUGCCCCGCGGAACCAUACGUGCGAUGCGAGCAAGUUCUACUGCCAGAAUGGGAAGUGCAUUUCGCGGAUGUGGUCGUGCGAUGGGGACGAUGACUGUGGCGAUGGGUCGGACGAGGACACGAACUACUGUGCGUUCCACUCGUGCGCACCGAACGAGUUCCGGUGUAACAAUGGGCGGUGCAUUUUCCGCUCGUGGAAGUGUGACCACGAGAACGACUGCAAGGAUGGGUCGGACGAGGAGGGCUGCAGCUAUCCGCCGUGUAUGGAGGGUGAGUUUACGUGUGGGAAUGGGCGGUGCAUACCGCAGGCGCAGGUCUGCAAUGGCAUUAACGACUGCAAGGACAACGGGACGUCGGAUGAGACGCACGAACGGUGCCCAACGAAUACGACCUGCCCACCGAACCACCUGAAGUGUGACCGGACCAACAUCUGCGUCGAACCGUACUGGCUGUGCGACGGUGACAACGAUUGCGGUGACAACUCGGACGAGAAUCCGCUACACUGCGCCCAGCGGACCUGCCCGCAGAACAGCUUCCGGUGCCCGAACCAUCGGUGCAUUCCGGCGACCUGGUACUGCGACGGUGACGACGACUGUGGCGACGGUGCGGACGAACCACCGGAGUACUGCAAGUCGGAGGGUCGGACGUGCUUCGGCGAUCUGUUUACGUGCGACAACGGGAACUGCAUACCGCGGAUCUACAUCUGUGACGGCGAUAACGAUUGCCUGGACAGCAGUGACGAGGAUGGGCGGCACCAGUGUAACGAUCGGAAGUGUGACGACGAUACGGAGUUUACGUGCGACGAGAACAAGGCGUGGGCCCGGGCCCAGUGUAUACCGCGCAAGUGGAUCUGCGACGGUGAUCCGGACUGUGUGGACGGGGCGGACGAGAACACGACGCGCCACCACUGCCCCUCGCCGCAACCGUGCGCCGAUGAUCAGUUUACGUGUGCCAACGGGCGCUGCAUCAAUCGGGGCUGGGUGUGCGAUCACGAUAACGACUGUGGGGACGGUUCGGACGAGGGCAAGAGCUGCAACAGCCAGUACAAGACGUGCACACCGCAGGAGUUUACCUGCCAGAACUUCAAGUGCAUCCGGAAUCAGUACCGGUGCGACGGAGAGGACGACUGUGGUGACCAUUCGGAUGAGGUGGGCUGCCGGAAGGAGAACGCCACGUGCCCGGACGGGAAGUUUACGUGUACGAGCGGCCAGUGCAUCGACUAUCAGCUCGUGUGCAACAAGGUGCCGGACUGUGCGGACGAGUCGGACGAACCGCUGCACUGUAACGUCGACGAGUGUGCCAAGGUCGAGAUCCACCGGUGCGGGCACAAGUGCGUCGAUACGCUCACCGGUUACUACUGUGACUGCAACCAGGGCUACAAGUUGCUAGAGGAUGGUAAGGCGUGCGCGGACAUCGACGAGUGUAUCGAGACGCCGGGUGUGUGCUCGCAGCACUGCUCCAACACGCCGGGCGGUUACUACUGCAAGUGCGACGAGCGGUACUACGAGCGGCAGAACGACGAGCACACGUGCAAGCGCAAGGACCGGACGGAACCGUGGCUCAUCUUCAGCAACAAGUACUACGUGCGUAACAUGUCGAUCGAUGGCCACCAGUACAACCUGAUCCACCAGGACCUGAUGAACGUGGUCGCGAUCGACUUCGACAUGCAACGGCAGGAGAUGUACUUCUGCGACGUGACGGCCAAGACCAUCUUCCGGUCACGCUUCGGCUCGCUGGUGGACGAUGUGCGCAUCGAGAAGGAACCGGUCAUCAAGCACGACUCGCACGGGUUGGAGGGUAUCGCGAUCGACUGGGUCGGCCGGAAGCUGUACUGGCUCGAUCGGCACUCGAAGAACCUGGACGUGGCCGAGCUGGAUGGGACGCGCCGCAAGACGCUGCGCAGUGGUGUCGUCGAUCCGCGCGCGAUCGUCGUCCAUCCGGGCAUCGGCUACCUGUACUUCACCUCCUGGCACCUGCAGGCCUACAUCGCCAAGAUGGGCAUGGAUGGGUCGAACUUUACGCGCAUCCUCACCUGGGAGGACAACAUCGCCUGGCCGAACGCGCUCACGAUCGACUACUUUACCGAUCGGAUCUACUGGGCCGAUGCACACCUCGACUAUAUAGCGUUCGCCGAUCUCGAGGGUCGCCACCGGCACAUCGUCCUGUCCGGCACAAGCGUACCGCACGUGUUUGCGCUCGCCAUCUUCGACGACAGCCUGUACUGGACCGACUGGAAUCUGAAGGCGAUCCUGCGGGCGAACAAGUUCACUGGCGCGAACUACACGGUGAUCCGGAACACGACCCACCGCCCAUACGACAUUCACAUCAGUCACACCCUUCGCCAGAUCCCGUAUGCCAACCCGUGCGGCACCGGUAACGGUGGCUGUUCCCAUUUGUGUCUACUGGCGCCACCGCUCGAGUCAACCUACCUGAACGUCGAGGGGUACGUGGAGGAGGGUGCACCGAGCUACCGGUGUGCUUGCCCGAACCAGUUCUAUCUGGCGCGCGACCAGAAGACCUGCAUCGCCAACUGUACGGCCGGCCAGCACCGGUGCGGCGGCACGGACGAGAAGUGCAUUCCGUGGUUCUGGCGGUGCGACGGUGAGUCGGACUGUAAGGAUGCGUCGGAUGAACCGGACAGUUGCCCGGCACGUCACUGUCGGGCGGGCACGUUCCAGUGUGGCAACGGGAACUGUACGCCGUCCACCACGAUCUGCGACGGUACGGAUGACUGUGGGGAUGGGACGGACGAGCAGAGCUGCGACCUGCCCUGCCCGGUUUCUGACUUCAAGUGCAAGUCUAGUGGCCGCUGCAUCCUCGACAGCUGGAAGUGUGAUGGCGAUGCCGACUGCAAGGAUGGUAGCGACGAGGAUCCGGAAAUAUGCCAUAAGCGUGCGUGCAACCCGGAAACAGAGUUCAGCUGCAAGAACGGCCGGUGCAUACCAAAGCUGUGGAUGUGCGACUUCGAUAACGAUUGCGGUGACGACUCGGACGAACCGGCGUACAUGUGCCGGCAGCGCAACUGCACGACCGGGUGGUCCCGCUGCCCGGGCCAGUCCAACUACCGCUGCAUCCCCCGGUGGCUGUUCUGCGAUGGAAAGGACGAUUGCCGCGACAAGAGUGACGAGCUGCCGGAGAACUGCCCCCAGUGCAACCUGGACACCGACUUCAAGUGCAACAACAACCGUUGCAUACCGAGGCAGUGGAUGUGCGACUUUGCGGACGAUUGCGGUGACGGGUCGGACGAGGCGGACGGGCAGUGUAAGGGCCGGUACCGGGAGUGCAGCGAGUCGGAGUUCCGGUGCGAAAAUGGCAAGUGCAUCUCGAGCCGUUGGCGGUGCGACCACGAGGACGAUUGUGGCGACAACUCGGACGAGUACGGAUGCGAGGGUUUCCAGUGCAAGAACGGAACGUUCCAGUGUACAUCGGGUCACUGUAUCGCCUCGUACUUCCGAUGCGACGGUGAUCGCGAUUGCCGGGACAUGUCGGAUGAGAUUGGGUGCCCGCCACGGUUCCCCGGUGGGCGCUACUGCCCCGAGAGCCGGUUCCAGUGCCACAACAACCUGUGCGUGCUACCGUCCGACCUUUGUGACGGUACCGACGAUUGUGGCGAUGGUUCGGAUGAGGCCGCUUCGGUGUGCACCAACUUUAACUGCGACACGCUGCGCCGCUUCCAGUGCGCUAACCAUCGGUGCGUCGCCCGGUAUCAGAUCUGCGACGGUGUCGACAACUGUGGCGACGGUUCGGACGAGAACAACAUGACGUUGUGCGCCGCCCGGCAGAAACCGUGCGAUCUGUACACGCAGUACCAGUGCGCCAACCGGAAGUGCAUCGAGCGGGCCCAGAUCUGCGAUUACGCCGACGACUGUGGCGAUGGAUCGGAUGAGCUUGGGUGCCAUCAUACCAGCAGCUGUACGGUGGGGGCACGCGGUGGCUGUGAGCACCAGUGCGUCAAUCUGACCGACGGUGGUUACAUCUGCGCCUGCCAUGCCGGUUUCAUCAUCGAUGCGGCCAACAAGAAGCGCUGCACGGACAUUGACGAGUGUGCGACGGGAAUGCACGGCUGUUCCCAUCUCUGCACCAACCUGAACGGUACGUACGAGUGUGCGUGCCGCGACGGGUUCCAGCUGUCCGAUGGUGUAUCGGGCGUGUGCCGGGUGCUACGGGACGAUCCACUGCUCGUACUGUCCGGUGGAACGGAGAUACGGGCGUACGACGUUGGCCAGGCGCACCAGUACGGUGUGAUCGGGGGCGAGAAGCGGAUCGAGGCGCUCGACUACAACCCGGAAUCGCAGAUGAUCUUCUGGACCGACAGCUACGACAAAACGAUCAAGCGCUCGUACAUGCUGAACGCGAUGAACGGUGAGGCGAAGGUUGGGUUCGCGCAGGAUCUCAACAUGAAGGGUAACUCGAAACCGACCGCCCUGGCCGUCGACUGGGUGGCCGACAACCUGUACUGGGCCGAAACGGACCGUACCGGUUCGAAGCCGCGCGGUCGCAUCAUGGUCGCGAAAACGGACGGGCGCUACAGGCGGGCGCUGGUGAAUGCGGGCCUCGAGGUGCCGACGGCGAUUGCCGUCGAUCCACAGUUCGGCCGGCUGUUCUGGGCUGACGCCGGAUCGGCGCCCAAAAUCGAGAUCUCGUGGAUGGAUGGGGCGAAGCGGCGCCCAAUCAUUACCGAGGCGAUCCGGCAUCCGGCCGGGCUGACGAUCGAUUACGCGCAGGACCACCACAUGGUGUACUGGGUCGAUACGAAGCUGAACACGAUCGAGGUGAUGAAACCGGACGGUACGAUGCGCCGCACCGUGCUGAAGGGUGAGCUGCUGAAGCAUCCGGUUUCGCUCGACGUGUUCGAGUCGAGCCUGUACUGGAUCACGCGCGACACGGGCGAGCUGCUGCGGCAGGACAAGUUCGGGCGCGGUGUACAGGUGACGGUGCAGCGCAACCUCGCCAAUCCGUCCAGCAUUAAGGUCUAUCACGAGCUGCGCUACAACACGACGCUGAACAAUCCGUGCUACCGGAACCCGUGCUCGCACCUGUGCCUGCUGGUACCGGGGGGACGGCGUUGCUCCUGCCCUGACAACACGGUACCGACGUCGCACCGCUCCACCACCGAGGUCGUCUGUGAUGCACCAACCGAACGACCGAGACCUUCGCCCCGCAUUUGCCCCUGCCAGAAUGGUGGACUGUGCCGCGAGGGUGGCACUGCGGGCACUGGCGAGCAGCAGCAGCAGCAGCAGCAGCAAGGCAUCACGACCAACGAGCUGGUGUGCGUCUGUUUGCCCGAGUUCUCGGGCGCUCACUGUGAGGUGUACAGCGAGAAAAUCCUGGGAGCGGCCGGUGGCAAUGCGGCCGCCAUCUUCAUCCCGAUCCUGAUCGUCAUGCUCGUCGGCAUCGCCAUCGGGUUGUUCUUCGUGGUGAAGAAGCGACCAUUCGGCAAACCAAGCCUCAGCUCAUCGCAAUCCGUCUCGUUCCGGCCGGGCACGAACGUGGAGUUCAGCUCGGCCGAGUUCUCGGCAGCAGCGGCUGCUGCUGCGGCGGCUGCCGGUGGUGUCGGUAGCCAGCAUCGUCCACCGGUCCUGGCGACGGGUACCGGUGCCUUAGCGGGCGCCCCGCUCGAUGGCUACAGCCUCGAUACGCUCGGCAACAAGAACACCGACUUCAGCAACCCGAUGUACGAUGCCGUCCAGGGUGGCACGGAUCCGGUCUCGAGCGGACAGCUGCCGUCCGACAUCUACGAGGUACCGAUGGAGGUAGGAGCCGGUGGCGCCAAAGGCAAGGGAACAGGUGCCACGAUGGUGAGUGGAGCGGGCGGCGGUGGCGGUACCGGAGCAGCAGCAUCAGUCGGACCGUUCACGGAACCGGUAUCGGCGAUACUGGCACCGAGCAGCAUCACGCACCGGACCUCGCCCCAGCUCAACCUGCGACCGAAGGAGCUCAACCCGUCCACGCACGACACCGGCAAGGAUACGCAGCUGUUGGUCGAGGAGGACAAAUCGGAAUGCUAGUGACGGAGGAUAAGAGGGGUGGGGGUGAUGGCGGGGAGGGGGAGCGAUGAAAGGAAAACGCACGCACGGGAACAGCGGGUUUCAUUAACUUUUUUUUUACCGUACCGAUAACACACCCACACCCAUACACACAUAUCCGCGCCCCGAUUCUACCGAUGGAAGGGGUUCCGGAAGCCCCUGGGCGGGAUUUGUCGUUUGUUUUGUUUUGUGUUUUCUCGAGCAGGAGUAGGAGGAGAAGAAGUAGGACAAGAAAGAGUGGGGCGGCGGGGAAGGGUGAUGGAAAGAUAGAGUGAAGGAGAUCUGGAAGGAAUGGAUGUGGAGCCAAGCUCAAUCGCCGCAGAUUUAAGAAACCGGCCAGGCAGGGUAAGAAAAAAAAAGGGAUUGGGAUGUGGUGAGGCUACGUGACCGUUGAGGAAUUGCACAACAGCAACUCCCCCUCCCCUCCCCCUCCCCCAGCAGGAUGAUAGAUUUACGCCGCGUUGCGCAAAUGAGCAAGCAAGGUAAUAAACAAUUGGGAGCAAGGUAAUAAAAAGAGAGAGAGGGGGAGAGAGUAGACAUUCCAAGUUAUUUGUCCAUAAGUGGUAGGGCAGCUGAUUGAUGCGAACGACGACGACGACGACGGGAGGGCAACGAGGACGAGGUGUUUUUUGUACAUAGUUAACGGAAGCAAACUUUGUGUUAAUAUUGAAGUUUUAAUAUUUGAAUAUUUAUGUUAGAGAGCGAUCGCAAAAACCACGAACUAUUGAACCACCAACACACGACCACCGCCACCAUCAUCAUCUGCACCCCCCCCCCCCCCCACCCUUUUCUAAGGACGACACAGACACAAACACCUAGUAGCAGUAGUAGCGGUAGCGGUAUAAUAUUGCACCAAGUAGUAUGCCGGAGUAAAGUAGCAGGUUGUGCUACCGCCAGUCGGCACCAGGGAUGCCGAUCUUUUAACGAAGGCACAAGUCGAUCGUAAGCGGAGAGAGAGAGGGAAGGUUGAAGAGGGGGGGGGGGGGGGGGGUUGGUGUGACGAUGGGGUUAGGUGUUUUAUUCCUUUUUUUUCUCUCUAUCUCUCUCUUUCUCUCUGUGUCGUCAUUAGUCGUUGUUCUAUAUGAAAUAUUUUAAACAAACGGAUCAUUCCGUUGGCAGGCAGCAGGCAGGCCGUCCCUGAAAUCCUGUUGCAGGUUAAGGAGGUUGAGAGUUUGCGCGUCCGUGUAUGUAGGUAUGCACGCGUAACAAGUAAUGAGGAAGAAGAAGCAGUGUGUUUGUGAGAGAGAGAGAGAGAGAGAGAGAGAGAAAGAGAGAGAGAGAGAGAGAAAACGAGCAACAUCGCAAAAGAAAUAAA